AUGUCAGACAACAUUCCCUUCGAUCUCCAACAGAUAAUCAUAAGCAAGCUCCCGGUGGAACUCGAAGAGAUAAUCCUGAACAAGCUUACCGUUGAUUCGAUUCCGAUCGGUCUGCAAAGCCUGGAACAUCAACAUCAACAUCUGCUGGUAAGGUAUAAAGACGCUGUUAAUCUCGAGCUAAAAUAUGUUUCAAUUGCUGACACUGAUACUGAUACUUUCCCCCAAAAUACGGUUUCUGUGACUGUUCCCCAAUCGGUAGUUAAUUUGGAUGAACCUUAUACAACAAUUGACAGCCCCCACGGAUUAUUGUGUUUGUUCAGUAUAACCGACAGGAAGGCGGUUAUUUGGAAUCCUUCUCUUAGGAAAGCGGUUGAUGUUGUUCUGCCCGAUAUCGCUGAUGAUGAGAUGUGUAGAACUGUUCUAGGGUUUGGGGUUUGUCGGGAGACUAGAGACCCGAAGAUUGUUAAGAUUAAGAUGGAUACAAAAAUACAUAUGGACGGAGGUGUUUACGUCUUUACGUUAAGCACGAGGAUUUGGAGAAGUGUGUAUAGUAGCAAUGUACCGAGUAAGGUUACCAUAUUUGGUGAGGAACAGGUGGUUGUAGGUGGAGUUGUUUAUUGGCUUGCUAUUCCUAGGGUUGGUGGUGGAGACUGGUAUGGAAAUUUGAUUGUUUCGUUUGAUCUGACAAGUGAAGAGUUUGGAGAAGUGAAACUUCCGGAUAGACUAGCUCAUACUCAUUGCAAUUUGUCUAUGAUUAAGCCAAGGGAGUCGCUUGUUGCGAUUGAAGGCUGUGUAGAGGACUCUGAACUGGUUUACCAUGUAUGGGUGAUGAAAGAUGGUGUUCCAAAGUUGUUUGAAAAGCUCUUCACUAUCAGUAGUCACUCACCAUAUGGAUCAUUGAAUUCUAUAAGGGGCUUUAGGAAGACCGGUGAAGCUUUAGUCGAAUUGCAAGCUCGUCCUUCCAUUAGAACACUUGCUGCUUAUGAACCCUACUCUAAAUCCAUAAAAAAUAUUGGGACUAGUGAAAAGCAUAUUUAUGUGUAUUCCUACACGGAAACACUACUUCUGCUUGAUCAACCCGUUAUUACAAAUUAG